GUCUACCUAAUAAACAAACCAUGCUUAGAAAGUGAGUAUGAAUGAGUUAUGCAAACCAAACACGCCCACCGCGACUGCGUUGACGGUUGGAAUUUAUGGAUUGGCUUGUUUUUUGGCUUUAUGCGUUGUGUUAACUGAUCAUCAAGCUUUCAGUUAUCCUCGGGAAGGCGGCUGUCGGCCUUCAAAAGAUUAAGUUGCAACAAAACAUCUCGAAUUCCAUGGCCUCGAUUCAGUGCUUUGGAAAACGGUGAGCCCUGCCUUCUGCCUUCAUUCCAAUUUGGUUUCCUUCUGUUUUAGCAUAGUAGAGAUGGGGGAUGGAUGAAUUGGAAUUGUUAGGGUUAUGUGUGUGAGUGUGAGCGCACUAAAGAAGGACAGAGGGGCAUGAUGAUGAUGAUUUGGUGUUGUUGGCCGUGGCUAAUCUAAUCUAAUCUAAUCGGCUUCUGAGAUCGAGGAGGCGGGGCAAUCUGUACCAUACGUGAGUAUAAUUAAGGCGUCUGCCACAAACCCAACAGAUUGAACCUCCCAACAUAAAUCCACUAAGGAAGAUUUCAUAAUUGUGGGGUGUGGAAAGCCCAGAAACGAGUCAGGACCCAGAAGUCGUGACUUUGUCUUCUUUGUUUGGGCCGGCUAUGUUUUCUUCCUCGGCCACGUUGAAAAGAAUUUUGAGAUGGAAAACUGAAAUGGAGGACUCUUUGGACUCUAGCUUCUCAUCUCGUACUGCUCUAAUUCAAGUUUGUCUGUUUGUGAUCAUUCUGAUUCACCCAGUCAUGUCGCUCUUGAUCUUCACAGAAUUCUUCGUGUGCUGCACGAGAAUCUGAUCUCGUCUGCGUCGGAAAUCUACUUAGAAACCAAAACCAAAACGAAAUUGCUUCAUAAAUCUGCCCUAGUAUUAGGAGAAAUUGAGGCUGCUGCUGGAUGUGGUGUUGGUGUCUGGAGUGAAAGCUUUGAUCUUGUGCGGAAAAUGUUCGGCAUGGGGUUUUGUAGUCGGAAAACUGAAAUUCUCUCCGGAAAAGGAUGUCGGCUCUGGCAAGGCUAAAGGACAGAAUUUUAAACGACUGUUCUUGCUCAAUUUUGUGUGUGAUUCGUUGCGAUUGUAAGGGAGGGCGAACGACAUGUUAGAAAAACCGAGCAAGAUUAUUAAGAAAGAUUCACCUGCAAAUUUCGAGCUUGCCGGGAGCAGGCAAAGUCCAACUUCUGUGGCUGAGGUUUCACUUUACACUACUCAUGCGAGGUCAGAAAAUCCGGGAGAAGGUGCUUUUUCCCAGCUGUUUGAUAGAUGUUCCAGUGCAAAUUUCGUAGAAGACGGAGGGGAGUCGAUGCCUUGUCCUCCUUGUCCUGAGAUUCAAAGAAAUUUCCAAGUUGCGUAUGAGAGCUUCAACUUGGAGAAAAUCGAGCGGAGAGGCCUCAAUAUCCUACACGCCUUGUCUUCUGGAUAUGCUGUGAAAAGGAAUCACGAUUGCAUGACACGGCUCAAUUCACCAGAGGAAGAAGAUUUUAGUUCCAAAAGAAGUAGGUGCAACGGACCACGAGUUGAAAAGGGAGGAUUUAUUCACGAGAAGCACGAAAAUGCGGGAGCGGCUGAUCAAUCAGAUUCCACGGUGAAGGUCAGCAGCGGAGAUUCGGAUCUUACAGCCGAACGCAUGGCGGAGGCCAGUUCCAGAACAACCAGUUGUUCUGAUAACAAUGGAUGCACUCUAAAUCGUCCGCCGUCAUCCGCAACCGACGCCUCAGGGAUCGCCAUACACCAGCUAUCUUUUAUCGCUACAGAAAAUAUCCAAGUCACUUCUUCAGAUUCAGGAUUUCAAAAGUCAAAUAUUGAAGAUUGCCAAACAGUGCACAGAUCCGAGGGUUUUAGUCCUUCCUCGUCCAAGCUGAUCACUGAAAAGGAUCAAGAAGACUGGCUUGCCCUAGGACUCGGCUGCGGCCAUGAAAGUCGUCAGCCCAAACAUUUCUCUAACAGCCCUCACCUGGACAAGACAAAAAAUCGCAAAGUUUCAACAAUAAGCGGGAAUGAAGAUCAAAAUAGAGAUGAUCAUGGACCACUACGCCCCCAAAUGCUUAAUGUCGGCCAUACUAGCAAAUCCACUACAGUAUUUCCACAAUCUUCAGCCAUUCCAGGCCAACUGCUUUCCCUACACAAUACUAGUAAUUCCUUCACUCAGCCUCCCCAGCAAGCCAACGAUUUCUCCAGGUUGAACCUUUUGCAGCCGUGUACUAUGCUAGAUCAUCAAAGAUCACUAAAUAUUACAGAAUUUCCGUCUGUAGAGCAAAUGAAGUUCAACUUUGAGCGGCAACAAAAUGGAGUAGCGCCUAGGCCGUCGAAAGGGGCAACGCAUUGGCAAGGAUUUUACGACCGCAUCUCAGAGGUCGGAAACCCUAUCGGCGCCGGCGCCGGUGUCUCAGAGUUUAAAAUAGCAGCUUCGCAUCAAGGAAAGCACGGAUUUUCUCCAGGAUGGAAAAGUUUCGUUGCCGGGAGUGUUGCCGCUUCCUCUCGGCAGAAUCCAUCAGGUGACUGUCCUACCUAUUACGGCAGCCUUCCAGACGCGGAUGUAUUGCAGCAGGCCAUUUUAGAGAAAAUGCAAUGCAGAGUGCAGUGGAACUCUAGAGAUAUGUCAUCGUCAUGGUAUCAGCCGGAAAUAAGCCAUGGAUCUUUAAUCAGGCCAAGCGCUUCAGAACAUGUUUCAGGGAAAAUCCCUCGUGCUAUUGGAAUGGGCCCUUUGGGAGACCAUCAAUAUCAAAUGUGUGCAACUCCAGUGGAGAGAAGCAUGCCGCCGGACCGUUACGGUGAAUUGCAGAAGAUUCCAGGUCCAUCAUGGACGGAAAAUGUAAGAAUUUUAAGGCCUCCAGGUUCCGCUCAAACUGGUGUAUGGUUCACGUUGCAGGCGUUAAAUGAUCGAAAUGGAGACCGAACGUUGCCGCAGAUACGAAAGAAUUAUUUAAGGAUCAAGGACGGAUCAAUGACAAUACUUGUGGUUAAAAAGUACCUGGUGAACAAGCUGGGCCUCAAUAGCGAAUCAGAGAUUGAGAUAAUGUGCAAAGGAGAGGAAUUGUUAGAAGGUGUGACAUUGCAACAUGUUCGUGAUGUGAUGUGGGUGAGCGAGGGAAAUGAGAAUUGGAAAAGUAAAAGUGUGGUCUCAAUCUCCAUCUCCAACCAUUGUUCAGCAGACCAUCUAAUGGUCUUGCAUUACCGAAGGAGCCGUUUUUCGGCACCUUCUGCUACUACCAUUCAAUUUUAACCUGCCAUAGUAACAACAAUAAUAUUUAUUUUGCUUCACCACACCGUCUCAUUGUUCAAGUGCAUGUUUUAAUAAGGAUGUAUGUGCAAAUGUUUCCUCAUGAUGAUGAUUAAGAUGAUGAUGAUGAUGAUGGUGGUUAUUUUUGUUGCAGCACGUCACUUUGGUCUUUGGAAUCCCUAUCUCUAUCCCUAUACCUAUUUCUUCUGUUUGCUUCAAUUAUUGUCAUUUCUAAUGUUAUCGUAUUCUUGAUUUUAUGAGGGAAUGGAUCAUAUGCAUCCGUCUCUCUGUUCAAUAGUUCUAAUUGAAAAUGA